GUGAUAAGUAAUGGGUGAGUUUGGGUGAAAUGACCCAAUGAAGGAUUCCUCACACUUAUAUAUGACCCAUGAAUGCUAAAUUGCUGAUUGAAAUCACAUCUUGACAUGCAGUACCACAAAAUCCCAAGAUAGCCACGAUAUUGAACCAAACUCAUUAUCAAGACUUUUUAUAGACUUAUUGAUUGGAGAGUGAGGGAUAGCUCAAGUGGUUAGAAUUUCCAUCCUUGUUUUAAGAGAUCCUGGGAUCGAUUCUCACCCCCGCCCUUAUGACUCUCUAAACACAAAAAAAAAUAGACUUAUUGAUUGGCCUAUUAUAGUUUUAAACUAGCUAAACUAGCCAAGGUCUGUUAUAGUUCUUAAGGCAACACAAUACGCGACCUUCAAAUUGUCACUUUUUUUUCUUUUUUUUUUCGAACGAGGUGUAUUUAUGCCUUUAGCUCAUGCCUCGUGCCCAUGGCCAGGCCAUAGCAUGCCAUUACCACAUCGCGUCCCUUGACUCUGGCACUAGCAUCCGGCCCCCAGGCCUUGGCUAGUUAGCUUUAAAACAUCAACACCUUAGGUUAGCUGCCCUUGUUCAUAUUGGUGUUACACACUCCAUUAUCCAAAAUGAUCCGAUCCUUCUUGAUCCGACCUGAACCCAACCGAUAACCAAAUUAACCUUUUAUAGUCUUAUUACUACCACUAGUCCACUACUACUAUUUGACCAACAAAAACAGAGAAAAGCAAUACACGACCGUACUACCCUGCUACCAAAAUUAAAUGUGCAUGUUUUGGCAACUCUAUUACCUUUACCUCUGUCUUUUCUUAUCUUCCCAUACCUCCUUUUCUCAUUUAUUGCUUCCCCCCUUUUUUUCUCUCUCUCUUAUUUAUUGUAAAUUUCCCCUCUUUUUUUUCUUUUCUAAUUUUUGAAUAAAUAAAACCUCUGUUCUCUCUUUUCCAUCUUUCUCUCUCCUCUCAAAUUGCAUUGAUUUCUGAUAACCCUUAUUCUACUGUAUUUUUCUUUUUCUUUUUUUUUUUUUAUUUAUGAUUUCAUUUCAUCAAAAAAUUCACUGUUCACCAUUUGAAUGAUGUAAUGUAAUAUUAAAAAAGCAAGUAAUAUCAUUUAAUGCAAGAGUUUUUCUCUCUCUGUUUUUUUUUUUUCCGUUGUUGCAGAAAAACAGAGCACAGUUUUUUUUUUUCAGCUUGAAACUCGCUGAUUGUACAAUUCUCUUUCUCUCUCCUCUGAUACACAAACAAUUAUUUCUUCAUUUUCCCAAGAUAGAUAUUGCCCAAUUCCACUUUUUCUCAUUUCUUGGUUUAUAUAUACAUUUAAUUCACCUCUUUGGCAAAAUUUAUUAUCCCCCUCCCCUUUUCUUUUCUUUCCUCUGUCAAAGUUCUAAGCUUUUGAAUGAAAAUUUUCGAAAUCAAAUUCUGGGUUUUAUUAAUUUGAUGAUUUGAUUUCUGGGUUUUUGUUCACUUGAUAAUUAAGUUUUUGGCUUCCAUCAAAAACUCUGUUUUAUCACUCAAAAGUAAGGAAGAAUCAGGAGAGAGAAAAUGGGAAGAUCUCCAUGUUGUGAAAAGGAAGGGUUGAAGAAAGGACCAUGGACAAGUGAAGAAGAUGAGUUGCUUGUUAAAUAUAUCAACAAACAUGGUCAUGGAAAUUGGCGAUCUCUUCCUAAAAAUGCAGGUCUCCUUCGAUGUGGAAAGAGUUGUCGUCUUCGUUGGACUAAUUAUCUUAGACCAGACAUAAAACGCGGUCCAUUCACUCCUGAAGAAGAGAAGCUUGUUAUACAGCUGCAUGCCAUUCUAGGCAACAGGUGGGCUGCAAUCGCUGCACAACUACCAGGAAGAACAGACAAUGAGAUCAAGAACUUAUGGAACACCCACUUGAGAAAACGGUUAAUUUGUAUGGGCCUUGAUCCUCAAACCCAUGAACCAGCUUCUACACCUGCUGGACCAUCCAAAAAACCCCCAGCAUCGCCUUCUACACGUCACAUGACCCAAUGGGAGAGUGCUAGGCUUGAAGCUGAGGCUCGGCUUUCAACUGAGUCUUUAGUGUGCCACCCGCAUCCUGCUAGGUUCCUUGAUUCUGACUACUUCCUUCGUCUUUGGAACUCUGAAGUUGGAGAGUCGUUUAGAAACUUUGAUAUGAAGGAAAAGAUUGUUUGUCAAAGUCCAAUCUCCCAAGCAUCCACUUCUACCACAAAAUGUGCCUCUACUUCAGGUCUGACAGUAGAUAACCGUGAUGAAGAGAUCAAGUGUAAGAACUUUAUCAAAACCGAAGUUCUUGAUGUUAAUACAAGAUCAGAUUCUUCGAGCUCCAAUGAGGUAGAGGAUUCAUCUGAGUCUGCAUUGCAGCUGCUGUUGGAUUUUCCUGGAUACAGUGACAUGAGCUUCUUGGAAGAUCCUGUCGACAACUACCCUGAUAACGAGAGUUUUUUCAAGUUUUACUGAAGAUAUCUGGGGUUUUUGUCAGUCACAUUUAGCAGUAUAUCUCUUAGUUAACGGUUAUAGUUCUAGCUUUAAGUUUACCUGCUCUCCUAAUCUAGUCAUGUAAAUUGUUCUGUUUCUGCUGAUAGGAAUAUAGCAUGUCUCCAUGAGCUGCAUAAUCCGGUUUAUGUUCCUAGAUCUGUUUUCUGAUGUCGUGCUGCAUUUUGGAAUUUUAAUGUUGUCUUUAGACUCUUUUACUAGCUUGAUUGGAAUAUAUGUAUAUGGUUGAAUCGUUAA